AUGGGACGUAAGCUCAAAGGUAAGAUUGGCUCCAAGGGUCUAAAAGGCUCUUUGCUUCGACACCAAGCGCUAGAACAGUCGAAAAAGAAGACGAAAAGUAAGCAAGAGCAUGCUUUGCAUAAAAACCAACCUACCAAGGCUAGUUUAGAAAGUCGGGCGUCGCAACGUGAGGCGGCUGGUAAACUUAUUCCGUUUGAAAAAGACUCUACGCUUUUGCUGGUUGGAGAGGGCGACUUUUCAUUUAGUCGUGCUAUCAUAAUGCAAGACUAUAUCAAAGCUAAAAAUUUGAUCGUUACAAGUUUCGAUGCUUCUGUAUCAGAAUUGAACCUGAAAUAUCCACACAGCUUCCCGGAAAAUUACGAAUUUCUUGUACAAAACGGUGUCAAAAUUUUAUUUCGGAUUGAUGCCACCAAUUUACUGAAAUCUUUCAAGCUCAGCAAAAAGACUACUUGGCCUAAAGUAGUUGGUGCGGAAUGGGCAAUUAAAAAGGUUGAAAACAUAAUGUUCAACUUUCCACAUACCGGCAAAGGUAUAAAAGAUCAAGACAAAAACAUACGAGAUCACCAAGAAUUAGUAGCAGGAUUUCUCGCCAGCUCCAAGCUAUUUUUCAAAAAUGUGAACCGUAUUCCAUUGAGCGGGUCCGCUCAAACAUAUACGCAGGGCUACGACUUAGAUGAGAAAAAAGCCAAUGAUAAAGUAACUGCUGAUGGAUAUGGGAAUGUUUUGCUUACAGUCUUUACUGGUGAACCAUACGAUUCUUGGCAGCUAAAAUCACUUGCCAAAACAACCGGAUGGAAGGUAGAAAGAUCAAGUAAGUUUCAAUGGGAAAACUACCCUGAAUACGCUCACAAACGGACGAACAGCGAGCAGGACACGACAAAGCCAGCUCUUGAUAGAGAUGCUCGUACUUACACCUUUGAAAUCUACGAUAAAACUAAGCACUCUAAAGCUGGUAAGUUGCAAAAGUUAGAAAGCGAUGAAGAAUGA